AUGGCACACCCCGACGACCACCCGCCGUCCUUCGCCUUCGAUGAUGUCCAGUUCUUCAACCCCCCGCCGUUCCUCUCCAACGACCUUUUCCCCCCGCCCCCGCCGCUCCCUCCAUCCGCAGACCUGUUCUCGCCAUCCGAGGCGACAGAUUUCUUCGGGUUCCUCGAGAACUUUAGCUGGGAGUUCGAUGUCGAUCCCAGUGUCACCUACCUUGAUGCACUACAGGUGCCAGCUCCUCCGCAACAGCCCGCGACAUCUCUCGCUGAUGGUGUCGGCGAGCAUCAGCCAAUGGGGCAGCGGCAGAUAGACCCCACAACAAGCGUAUCCCGCAAUAAAGCCCCGUCUGUAUCCCCGUCGGAAUCGUCUUCUUCAGUGCAGACACCCGUCCCGCCAAAUGCAUCAUCAGCGACCGCAGUCGCACGACCGAAGCCGCUGCUCUCUGGCAACCAAAAGAGAGUGAACCAUAUUCUCUCCGAGCAAAAGCGCCGAAAUGCGAUUCGCGAUGGAUACAUGCAGCUGACGACCCUGCUCGCGCCUGCAGGCGCACCACCAGGCACUGGCAUGCCCACACGAGGACGGCCGAAGGGAAGCGGCGGCCGGGGGCGAGGGAGCAAAGGCAAAAGCGGCAUCCUGUUCAAGGCGAGGGAAUACAUCCGUUUCUUGGAAGAGGGGAGAGAUGCGUUGGUACAAGAGGUUGUGAAGGUCGAGGGGGCCGCGGGGAUUCGACAUCCAUGA